AUGCUGCAGGCAUUCUCAAAUUCAAACUCGAGCUUGAAUGGAAUAAGCGCUUCUCCGUCGGGCUUUCCGCCUAGCGAAUCACAGCCGUACGAAGGCCUCGAUGCGGUAGCUCAAGAAGAUAUAAGAGAACUGGCACGAACACUGACAAGUCAAUCUUCUCUUCUAUCUCGGGAGAAACAUCUUGCUGGAACAAGCGGGCCGAAUACAUCAACUGCCGCUGCUUCUUCAUCGUCAUCGAACCAGUCUAUUUUUACGAGCGAUGUCAAAGGUGUCAACCCAGUAUUUUUGGACGUUAAUGAUCCAAAUUAUGAUGAGACGCUGGAUCCUCGGUCCGACAACUUCUCCAGCGUCAGAUGGGUACGGAACAUGGCUCAAGUAUGUGAAAAUGACUUGGAUUUCUACAAACCGUUCUCGUUAGGUUGUGCCUGGAAAAAUUUAAGUGCCUCAGGUGAUUCUGCCGAUAUAUCAUACCAGGGAACUUUUGGUAAUAUGCCUGUUAAAUAUUUGAAAAUGGGUUGGAGAUGCAUUUCUCGACAUUUGUUUUGCCGACAGCAUGAUAAGGGUGAAGAGAAUGGUUCUACUUUCCAAAUUUUGAAGCCGAUGGAUGGAUGCAUCGACCCGGGCGAACUACUAGUCGUUCUUGGAAGACCAGGUGCAGGCUGCACUACAUUACUGAAAUCUAUAUCUGUAAACACUCAUGGAUUCAAAGUAUCACCGGAUACCACCAUUACGUAUAACGGUUUUUCUAACAAAGAGAUCCAAAAUCAUUACCGUGGUGAAGUGGUCUAUAAUGCAGAAACAGAUAUACAUAUUCCUCACUUGACAGUAUUCCAAACUUUAUACACAGUAGCAAGAUUAAAGACCCCCAGAAACCGAAUCAAGGGUGUGGAUAGAGACACAUUUGCCAAACAUGUCACCGAAGUGGCAAUGGCAACUUACGGACUAAGCCACACUGCAGACACGAAAGUUGGCAAUGAUUUCGUUCGUGGUGUAUCUGGGGGCGAAAGGAAAAGAGUUUCCAUUGCUGAAGUUUCUAUAUGCGGCUCAAAAUUUCAAUGCUGGGAUAAUGCCACCAGGGGACUAGAUUCGGCUACUGCACUGGAAUUCAUCAAAGCUCUGAAGACACAAGCCUCCAUCACAAAGUCUACAGCAACAGUUGCUAUCUAUCAAUGUUCUAAAGACGCCUAUGACUUGUUCGACAAGGUUUGUGUCCUUUACGAUGGUUACCAAAUCUUUUUUGGCCCUAGCAAGCAGGCUAAGAAAUAUUUCCAAAGAAUGGGAUAUGUAUGUCCUGAGAGACAGACCACGGCAGACUAUUUGACGUCUAUUACUAGUCCUUCUGAACGGAUUAUAGACGAAAAUAUGGUUACACAUGGAAUCGUGAUUCCGCAAACGGCUUACGAGAUGAGCCAGUACUGGAUACAAUCAGAGGAAUGCAAACGAUUGCAAAUACAAGUGAGCAAAAACUUAGACACAGAUUCCUCCCAGAAAAGAGAGCAAAUGAAGAACGCACAUAUUGCCAAACAAUCUAAAAGAGCGCGACCCUCUUCACCUUAUACUGUUAGUUUCUUUUUGCAGGUCAAGUAUCUUCUAAUAAGAGAUUUUUGGAGAAUCAGAAAUGAUCCCAGUAUUCAGCUGUUUACAGUUCUGAGCCAUGCAGCAAUGGCUCUCAUAUUGGGGUCUAUGUUCUAUAAAGUCAUGCUUUCCACUACUUCAACAACAUUUUAUUACCGAGGUGCGGCUAUUUUUUUUGCUAUUUUGUUCAACGCCUUCUCAUCACUGUUGGAGAUUUUUUCACUGUAUGAAACAAGACCUAUCACCGAAAAACACAAAACUUACUCAUUAUAUCGUCCAAGCGCUGAUGCUUUUGCCUCUACAUUUUCUGAUGUUCCAACAAAAUUGGCUACUGCAGUUACUUUUAACAUCCCGUACUACUUUUUAGUGAAUUUGAGAAGAAAUGCCGGUGCCUUUUUCUUUUAUUUUUUAAUCAAUGUUGUAACUGUUUUUGCUAUGUCACAUCUAUUUAGAUGUAUUGGGUCAGUAUCAAAAACAUUACCUCAGGCAAUGGUUCCUGCAUCUGUUCUCUUGUUAGCUUUUGCAAUGUACACUGGGUUCGCCAUCCCAAGAGUUCAAAUGCUUGGUUGGUCAAAAUGGAUCUCGUAUAUCAAUCCAUUAUCUUUCCUCUUUGAAUCAUUAAUGAUUAACGAGUUUCAUGGUAGGAAUUUUCCUUGUGCACAGUAUGUACCCAGUGGGCCAACUUAUGUGAAUGCGACAGGCGACGAAGUGAUCUGCUCAGCUCUCGGUGCUAUUCCAGGUAAUGAUUAUGUGAGUGGUGAUGAUUUUAUUCGAAUAAACUAUGGCUUUCGACAUAAGAACAAAUGGCGGUCGCUUGGUAUCGGUUUGGCUUACAUCAUCUUUUUUUUAUUUCUGUAUUUGUUCUUUUGUGAAUACAAUGAAGGAGCAAAGCAAAAUGGUGAAAUGUUAGUCUUUCCUCAUAGCGUGGUUAAAAAAAUGAAAAAGAGGGAUAUUGUCUUUGGAAAAAAAAGGGGAAACUCGCCUGAACUAUCUACUCCUUAUUCUGAGAAGGACGUGGAGAUGAACAACGAUUCGAGUGUCACUGAUACAAGAUUACUGCGUGAUUCUGAUGCAGCCGUAAUGACUAAUGCCAGCAUCAUAGCAAAAAAACAGUUUUCUUCUCCCUCAUCUUCUGUAUCGGAAAGUAAUAGCUUUAAUAAAAAUGGUGAUAUUGAACUGUCUAAGUCACAAGCGAUUUUUCACUGGAAGAACUUAUGCUACGAUAUCCCGAUUAAGAAAGAAAAGAGGAGAAUCUUGGAUAAUGUUGAUGGUUGGGUCAAGCCUGGUACAUUAACUGCAUUAAUUGGCGCAUCCGGUGCAGGAAAAACAACCUUAUUAGACUGCCUGGCCGAAAGAACCACGAUGGGUUUAAUUACUGGCGAUGUGUUUGUAAAUGGAAGACCACGGGAUGAGUCCUUUCCUAGAUCAAUUGGUUAUUGCCAGCAGCAGGAUCUACAUCUGAAAACUGCAACUGUGAGGGAAUCGUUAAGGUUUUCUGCAUAUCUCCGCCAGGCUGAUAACGUAUCCAUCGAGGAGAAAGACAAAUACGUCGAGGAAGUUAUCGACGUGUUGGACAUGAAACUUUAUGCUGAUGCUAUAGUAGGCGUUCCUGGUGAAGGCCUAAAUGUGGAGCAAAGAAAGAGGCUGACAAUAGGCGUAGAGCUAGCCGGAAAACCCAAACUCCUCGUAUUUUUAGAUGAGCCCACGUCAGGACUAGAUUCUCAAACUGCAUGGUCGACUUGCCAGUUAAUGAAAAAACUCGCUAGUCGUGGACAAGCAAUUUUAUGUACUAUUCAUCAACCUUCUGCCCUUUUGAUGCAAGAAUUCGAUAGAUUACUGUUUUUGCAAAGUGGUGGGCAAACUGUUUACUUUGGAGAACUAGGGAAGGGUUGUAAGACUAUGAUUAAUUAUUUCGAAUCUCACGGUGCUCAUAAAUGCCCCUCAGAUGCCAAUCCUGCCGAAUGGAUGUUGGAAAUAGUAGGUGCGGCACCAGGAAGCCACGCCAGUAAAGAUUAUUUCGCAAUCUGGAGAAAUUCUGAAGAAUACAAAGAAAUGCAAAAUGAAUUGGAUUGGAUGGAACAAGAAUUGCCGAAACUGACCGAAGGUUCGUCAAACGAAGAGCAAAAAGAAUUUGCAACAUCAACAUUAUAUCAGAUCAAGUUAGUGAGCUACCGAUUAUCCCACCAAUAUUGGAGAACACCAUUCUACUUAUGGUCAAAAUUUUUUUUAGCAAUUGUGUCCGAACUAUUCAUAGGGUUUACUUUUUUUAAAGUAGACACAUCAUUGCAGGGCUUGCAGAACCAAAUGUUAGCAAUCUUCAUGUUUACAGUAGUUUUCAACCCGAUAUUACAACAAUACUUACCUCUUUUCGUUCAACAAAGGGAGCUUUAUGAAGCUAGAGAAAGACCGUCAAGAACAUUUUCUUGGAAAGCAUUCAUUGUAUCCCAGAUCCUCGUGGAAAUUCCUUGGAAUUUAUUGGCUGGAACAAUAGCUUUUUUCGUCUACUAUUAUCCUGUUGGAUUCUAUAGGAACGCCUCUUAUGCAAACCAACUUCACGAAAGGGGUGCUUUAUUCUGGUUGUUUGCGUGCGCAUUUUACGUCUACAUCAGUUCUAUGGGAAUAUUAGUAAUUUCCUGUAUUGAAAUUGCAGAAAAUGCUGCGAAUCUCGCUUCAUUAUUUUUUAUCAUGUCUUUAUCUUUUUGCGGUGUUCUGGCCACCUCAAAUAUUUUACCAAGGUUCUGGAUUUUUAUGUAUAGAGUAUCACCUUUGACAUACCUCAUUGAUGCUUUGCUGUCCGUUGGGUUGGCCAAUGCUAGAGUUGUUUGUUCUAGCGAAGAGCUUUUAAGAAUUGUUCCCCCGAGCGGUAUGACAUGCUUGGAAUAUAUGGAACCUUAUAUUCAAUCUGUUGGGACAGGGUACUUACUUGAUGGGAGUUCCAAAACCGAGUGUCAAUUUUGUCAAUUCAGUUCUACUAAUGAUUACCUAUCAACCGUAAGUUCUUCGUAUUCACGUAGAUGGAUGAACUAUGGUAUUUUUAGCGCAUAUAUUGUCUUUGACUAUUGUGCGGCGGUAUUCUUAUAUUGGCUAGUAAGGGUUCCUAAGAAAAGCAAAAAACUAAAGAAAUGA